UGCAUAUUAGUCUUGUGGACCAGACGUAUAUAGUACAACUGAUAAAACAUUUGAUAAGCUUAUCAUUAACCUAUUACGCUGGCUGGUUUAUUAUAUUAUAUAUCUAAUUAAAUGUAAUACUGUUAAAUGGCACUGCAGUUAAAUGACUGUAUUUUUCUUUCUAUCUAACUAUUAAUUAAUAAAAGUGUACAAAGAUGGAGAAAAAGUUACCGAGACCAGUAAAUACGUCGUACUAUAAUACUAAUUAUCAUUAUACAAACGUAAAUAAAGAAGAUGGAAAUAAAAUGCAUGGAUCACGGCGUGUUAUAACAUUUUGCCUGCUCACCACUAUUCUACCAUCGGUUCUGAUAGUAUUACCUUUAUAUUUGAGGAAUAUUAAAUAUGCUGAUGUUAUGUACAAAAUAUCUGACUCGGAUGUUAUUCAAAUUCAUAAAGGUCAAUCAUCAAUAUUUUGUGAGAAGCAUUCAUUGAAAAUGAACACUACAUUUAGUGCUUUCCAGAUGAAAGGUACCCCUGAAAUAUCCAACAAGAGAAAGCACAUAAGAUUAAAAAAGUCAAUGACAUUGCUGGAUGACACUUUAGAAUAUUGGGGAUUUUAUUUACUAAAAGGUGCUUCAGUAGAAUUAAAAGCAUGUUCUCAACACAGAGGUUCUAAAAUUCUAGUUGUUAAAGGGGAUAGGAUAUUGAAUACAUGUGGAAUUUUAGAUGGAUACAAUAGACAAGAAAAAAGUAUCCCAAAAGUAGAACACCAAGGACUGCUUGUGACAUUAGAAAAUCCAGAUAAGAAAAUUGAAGAAAAUUAUACUCGAAAACACCUUACAAAUAGUAAUGAAGAUAACAAUUUAGAUGGUCAUGAUAACUCUCAAAAUAUAUUACAUACCAAAGAUACAACAGUAAAGAAAUCUCAAAUUAUUCAAGAAAGAGCAAAACGGGAUAUAAAGGGUAUACCAUUGCAUAAUCCAAAUACAUUAUUGGAUACUGGUGUCUACCAUGGAGGGAAUGCUUUCAACAGCACUGUAGAACUAGAGGAACCUGUUUCUAGAUUUGAAAAAACAUUAAAUGAGUGUUUUCAUGAUAUGAUUCUAAUAAAUCGCUUAUUUCCUUUCUCUGUGCAGUGUAACAGUACUAAUUACCUAGAAAACACCACAACUCUUAAAGUUGUUCAUGAAGUAUUGCUUGAUGGAUAUUAUUAUUACAUAUUUUAUUCAGACAGUGGGAUUAAUGAUAUUCAUGCAAUUUUUGAUAUUUAUAAGCCAACAUUCCAAUAUGUAAAUAAUUCUGAAUCUAAAGUCUGUGUUAAUAGAACUGAAUGUGAAUUCAACAUAGACUUCUUUAGUGAUGAGUUAGUUAUUGUUGAAAAACCCACUAAAGAAGGCUUGCAAAAUGAAGAAAGUGACUCAUCUAUUCUUGUGUCAGUUUGUCAUCCUCGAAUGUCUAUUUACAUAUUUUUUCCUAUAUCUGUCCUUUUACUUAUACUACUUUUUGCAUUUUUAUGAUAUUUGUUGAAAAUUUUGUUCCAUUUAAUUUUAGUCAACAUGAACAUUACCAGAAGUGUGAUAUUAAUUUAUUAAGUUUUAUAAGUAGGUAGCUAUGUAGUUGUCUAGCGAUGUUAAUUAUUAUUGAAUGUUGUGAAAUUAUAAUUAUAUAAGUACCUCAAGGACUUUACUGUUACAUUAUUAAAUAUAUUAUGAAACGAAAUAAAAAUUAUUAACUUUA